UCUGCGCCCCGCCACCGGAGCCGAAAAGCAGCACCCUGAAUUUCUCGUCGUUCAAAUCAAGCUUCACUUCCAAUGUUAAUUUCCUGAAGAGAAGAUUCAGCUCGGGAGACUUGUCUUCCGAGGUAGACGAUGUCGAUCCGAACAGCCUGCCGCCGGCGGCCCGUCCCAUCCAGGAUCAGCCGACGAAGCCGCCGGUCGCCGGCGGACCGCCGAGCAUGCCGCCACCGCCGGCUCCCGGCCAACCGGCCGGAGCUGCUCCGGAGCUGUCGCUGAGCUUUGGCGCCGGCAAGGGGCCUGCGACCGCGGCCCCCGCACCACCCCGGGGUGUCAGUGCGCCGACCAGUCCGGCCAAGUCGCGUGAAAGCCUGCUGCAGCGGGUGCAGAGCUUGACCGGCGCUGCCCGGGAUCAGGGAGCCUCCAUUUUGGGAGCUGCGGUUCAGAGCGCCACACAACGGGCACCGGCCUUCACCAAGGACAAGUACUUCACGCUGCUGGUUUUGGAUGACCAGAACACGGACUGGUCCAAGUACUUCCGGGGCAGGCGAUUGCACGGAGACUUCGACAUCCGAGUGGAGCAGGCCGAGUUUAGGGACAUUACGGUGGUCUCCAGUGCCGACACUGGACCGGUUGUCACCAUGGCUGCUUAUCGCAGUGGCACUCGGGUGGCGCGUUCCUUUCGGCCGGACUUUGUCCUGAUUCGCCAGCCGCCACGCGACGGAUCCAGCGACUUCCGCUCCACGAUCUUGGGCUUAAAGUACGGCGGAGUGCCCAGCAUCAACUCACUGCACUCGAUCUACCAGUUUCAGGACAAGCCCUGGGUCUUCUCGCAUCUGCUGCAACUGCAACGGCGCCUCGGACGCGAUGGCUUCCCGCUGAUCGAACAGACCUUCUUCCCCAAUCCACGCGAUUUGUUCCAAUUCACGAAGUUCCCCAGCGUGCUGAAGGCUGGACAUUGCCAUGGCGGCGUGGCCACCGCUCGUCUGGAGAACCAGAGCGCCCUGCAAGAUGCCGCCGGAUUGGUGAGCGGUGCCGGUAACGACUCGCAUUGUUACUGUACCAUUGAGCCCUAUAUCGAUGCCAAGUUCAGCGUGCACAUCCAGAAGAUUGGCAACAACUACAAGGCGUUUAUGCGCAAAUCCAUCACCGGCAAUUGGAAGACCAAUCAAGGAUCGGCCAUGCUGGAGCAAAUCACUUUAACCGAGAAGUACAAAAGCUGGGUGGAUGAGAUAUCGGAGCUGUUUGGCGGCAUGGAAGUGUGUGGUCUGUCCGUGGUGGUGGCCAAAGAUGGACGCGAGUACAUCAUCAGCGCCUGCGACAGCACAUUUGCCCUGAUCGGAGACACCCAGGAGGAUGACCGCCGCCAGAUCGCCGAUCUGGUAUCUGGACGCAUGCAGAAUGUGUGCCGUCCUAGCAUGGCGCAAACGGGACCCGGCAAGUUGCCCUCCCGCUCGUCGGUGUCCUCGCGGGCUGAGAGUCCCACGGACGAGGGCAUGGCCCCCACACCGCCGCUCCCGGCCGGACCACGACCAGCGCCCAUGGGCGGACCACCACCCAUUCCGGAGCGCACCUCGCCGGCGGUCGGCUCCAUCGGGCGCCUGAGCAGCCGCAGCAGCAUCUCGGAGCUGCCGGAGGAGCCCUCCUCCUCGGGACCCAGCACGGUGGGCGGGGUGCGCCGCGACUCGCAGUCCUCGCAGGCCUCGACCAUCUCCUCCUCGGUGUCGCGGGUGGGCCAGCGGCCGCCCCAGACCCAGAGCUCCGUGGUGGAGGACGCCGAGGACACCAUGAAGAACCUGAGGAAGACCUUCGCGGGGAUCUUUGGCGAUAUGUAGGAAAUCGCUAACAAGAAGCGCGGCAGAACGGCCAGCGAGACGAGCGGCGGCAGCGGGCCGGGCAGUGUGCCCAGCAGCGCGGGACCGGGGAGCGGGAGCGGGAGCGGCAGCGGCAGCGGAUUCACUGGCUCCUUCCUCGGCAAGCAGUUCUCGUUCGCCGGCAAGGGCGAUGGCGUGGGCGUGAUCUCGACACAGCCCACACAGCGGCCCAACGAAGAGCCACCAGCGGUUCCAUCGGCGGCGGCCAGCUCAGCCGCCCGGCCGGACAGCAGCGUUUCGAUUAGCGGUACAACAAAUACGGAUACGGAUAGAGCGGGCGCCGGCUACCAGCCGGUGACCAACUAUGAGCAGCAGGAACGGGUCAACCCAUUCGACAAGGAGCCGCCCAACAAGUCGGUGCAAGGCAGUGCGGCCAGCAUACACACCUCCUCGUCCUCAUCGAUGUCGACCUCAUCGAUCUCGUCGCGGAUCAAUCGCAAUGGCAACGCCAUCAAGUCGCCGCCCCCGCCGGCGGGUCCGCCGCCGCCACCUCCCACCAAUGUGGCGGCUGUGGGCGGCAGCAAUGCCAACAGCUCCAGCGGCUACAGGAACAGCUUCAGCAGUUCCCUGAGCAAGGACAAGACCAGCUACGGCAACUAUGGCAGCACCACCUCGGUGGAGACCAUCACGCGCAUGGAUACGCUAACCACGAACACAGGAGCCACGGCUACGGAGGCUGGCGAGGCCAGUGGUGUGACGGCCAUCACCAAUAUCAGCAGCAUAAGCAGUGCAGGAGCAGGAGCAGGAGGAGGAGGGAUUGGUCCUGCCAUGGGAACCAUCACCACAUCGGUGACCACCAACGACUGGAGGUCGGCCAUUGGCAUGCGAUCGGCCAGUGUGUACAGCGCACCGGCGGCAGUGACCACUGUCCUGCCCGGAGACACCUCCGGCUACGAUUCCAACUCGAUUGCCUCGCAGGGCGGCGAGGAGCUGAACAAUCCCAGCGAUCUGCCCUCGUACACCCGACCCUCGUAUUCGCGAUCCGAGAGCAAUGCUUCCAAGCACUCGGAUCUGGAUGUCAUUUUCGGAGACACCAAGACCACGCCAGCCUCCUAUGGAAAUGGCAAAUACACCCGGGCUGCAGGCUCCAUUUCAGAUGCUGACAUGAUUUUCGGAGGACCACCUUCCAACUACAAGAGCGAUCGCUUCGGGGCCUCCAAAAGCAUGAGCAUGAGCUCCAGCGGAAUGGGUUCCGGAAACGGAUCGGGAAGCUAUAAGAUCUACGAGGGCAUCCAGAAUGCCGCAUUCAGCGACUUCAGCGACUCGGGCAGUAUGAGCAGCAUUGGGUCGCAUACCAAACGCUGGAGUGCCAGCAAGGAGGACGACGAAGAACUGGACUUGAAGUGAAUCCAAAAGAAAUUCCAAAGCAAAACUAUCACCCUUAUUCAUACAAACACACAAGCAAACUACAGAAAUCUAUCUAUUUUCUGCCUCUGAAGUUUCCUGGUUUCAUGGGAAAAACACUAAGCAUAUACUCACUCACUUAAAACAUAAUCAUUUGGUUACUAUCGUUUCAACUGUCAACUUUCUUGAUCGAAACACUUUCCUUUCAUUUGCCAUAAGACCAUAAGAAAAAAACGGCAAGGAAGCAGCAGAAAUUGCUAUGUAGACACUGUAGAACACUACUAAUACUUAAUUAUAACCACCAAUGCAACAACAAUAAUGCAAAACCCUUUAGAUAUGUGCAAUGAAAUGUCGCCGAUGACUUGACUGGUUUUGCAGCAUGAUAAAACGAAAAGAACGAGGAACCUAUUUAAUUACCAUACAUAAAAACAUUUUGAUGCAUUUUCCAAAGCUAAAAAUUAUAUAUUAAAUAUAUUAUUGAGACAAAUAUUGAAUUAUAUAGCGACAUAUUAAACCAAUUGAGAGUUGACGACAUAAAAAGUAUUCGCAAGCGUAUAUUACAUGUUAACCUGCUAAUAAAUCAAUGGGAAAUUUUUAAAGAAAUCGAAUAUUAAUGAAUUUGUUAUAUACCAACAUGAGACACAUAUGAAAUCCUAAAAACUACAUAAAAUAAAAGACAAUAUGCGCAAAGUAAAACAAACAACCAAACGUUUAAUACUAAUAUAUCGCGAUCUAAUUAUAAUGGAUAAAUCGGUUAACGAACUAUAUGUAUUCGAAAAUUACUAUGAGCAAAUGUUACAAACGAAACACAAAAGUACACAAGAACAGAAGCUACUCACACACAAAGUAAAUGUUUAUUACCACAAAUAUUAUGAUUAUUAUUAUGAUGUAUUAGCAGUUAAUGUUUACAAACAAAACAAGCCGGCAUCCGGGCUUUGAAAGACGUGAAAAGAUUGGAAGUACCAAGCACGACAAGCAAUGUUAAUCUAGGCUGAACCAACUUGACAACAAUAACGAACCAAGCAUAUUCGGAAAUCUAGCGAUCCCAUGCGAUCCACAUAAAUUUACACGGUUUAGUCGGUACACGAAGGUCGAGGCAUGAACAGAUAGAGGCGAUGAUUUUGAGUAAUAUUUAGAUAAUAUACGAAAAUAAAUAUUUAUAAAUGUUGCAAGCGUCAACAACGAAGUCAUAUUAUACAUUCAAGAUAUAAACAAUAGCUUCAAUUGUUUAAGACUAUGAUUUAGCGUCAAAUGUUUGAUACAUGUUUUUUGUUACGCACAUGUUUAAGCAUUAUUUAGAGCAAUAGACAAUUUUACAUAUGUUAUAUAUGAUAUAGUAGUUACGUGUUCGACUUGACAUCAUUUUAAUUGGGUUGUAAACUUUUCUCUUUUAUCAACUAAUUGCAUUAGAAAAUUUUAAACACUGUUAUAUGCAGAGGAAUAUAGCAGGAGAAUACUGGAAACUUGUUAAUUUACCAACUCUCUUCGAUUUUAGUAGAAUCUACAUUUGGGAAUACUACAAAUAUUUUAAUCUAAACAAAUUUACAACUAUACAAGAAUAUCGAAUAACUAUUGUUUUUGGUUAGGGCCAACGCCUGUUUACUCAUUCUAUAUCAUCCUACCAUCUAUAUACAAAUAUAUAUAAAAUAUGUAUGUAAUUAUAAGUGAAUCUUUGGCUACAAGUACUUUUUCGUAAUCGUAAACAUCAUCAUUUUAAUCGAACUGGCACAUAUUCACGGAAUGUUUUAUAAACAUAUAUUUAUAACGACAAAUGUAGAACAGAAAGUACAUAAAUACAGGCAUUGCUCGAGGAAUUCGACGAACAUACAAAUAACAUGGCACUAGACCCACAACUCACUCACCCCAUAAAAAUAUCGUACAUCAAGUGAACAGAAAGUGCUGAAAGCAUAAAUUGAAAUUCAAGCGUAAUACUCAAGCAUAAAGCAUAUAACUUACACGACUUCUUAUCUGUUGCAAAAUAUACCAAAUAAAUACUCGUAUUAUUGUGAAAGUAUA